CUUAUCCUUUCGGUUUUACAAGCACAUCCAUCUGCACGAGAUUCUCGUGUUUACCUUAAAUCGUUUGCUCCUCAAGUUUCUUCUACAAAACCUGAUGAGCUUAAACGUGCUCAAAUUCCGCCAACUCCGACGAAUCCGGACAGUCCGGUUUCUGUAGCCGACUCAAUCCUUUAUACCUCUCCUCAACAUACUGGGCUAGUGAAGAUUCAAGGCCCCUUUACUGAUCGUCAAUUGGCGAGUAUUGUGGAUGGUAUCAUUUAUCUCAAAACUCUGGGUCUUGUACCUAUCAUUGUCAUCGAUCAUGAAAGUUGGCAAGUCAAAUCUUUUCCAACAUAUCCUUCACCCGAGUGGCGUGAAGGUUUACGUGCUCAAAUCGCUCAUGAAUCAAAUCGACUGGCUGAUAUGAUUGAAGCUAGAGGAGGUGCGACUAGACCGAUGCCAGCGGAUAUCUUUAGGUUAGGCGAUGGUCGUGGAGUGGGUGGAGAUGGUCCUGAAGUAUGGGUAGAAUCAUUGGCUAGCUUACGUUCAGCCGUUAUUUAUAGUGAAAUCCCCGUGAUCUCACCUGUUGCGCUAAACUCGUCCUGUGCAAGUGUUUGUAUCUCAGCGGAUGAUGCUGUAAAAGCUCUUGCUGCUGGAUUAGCUACUGGUCAAACCGAAAGUCGUCGGGCUAUCAUGGAUCUCACACCACUUCGAUUGAUGAUCAUUAAUCGUGAAGGAGGAAUCCCAUCACCUGCUCGGAACGGUCAUCCUCAUCUCUCUAUCAAUUUAGCAUCCGAGUAUGAUUUUAUUCAUCAAACCUUUCGUUGGAAAACUAGUCAUCCAACCUCACUUGCUAGUCUGAAACUUGCUAGAACUUGUUUAAGUUACUUACCUAAUGAAGCAUCUGCUUUGAUUGUUUCUCAUCGUUCACCAAAAAGUUUGAUUGCCAACUUGAUCACCAACAAACCAGCUCAUUCACCUAGUCUUGGUCACGCCACGCUUUUGAGUUCUCAUCGAGACGUUGGACCAGCCACACCUACACUGAUCCGUAAAGGACUUCCGAUUCGAGUGUUACGUGAUUUUGGACAAGUUGAUCAAAUGAAGAUGACAGAAUUAUUAGAAGCCAGUUUUCGACAAAAACUCAAUCGUUCAGCAUUUUACGAUCGAUUAAGUCAAACCAUGAAAUUUGUGAUCAUAGCAGGAGAUUAUCAAGGAAUAGCAGUAGUAACAGAUGAAUGGAUAAACGAACAAUCUACUUUUCCAGAAGAAAGUCCAAUAGCAUAUUUAGAUAAAUUUGCAGUUUUACCAUCUUUACAAGGAGAAGGGAUUGUAGAUUUCUUAUGGGGAGCCUUGAGAGAUGAAUCAUUUGGAUUAGGAUGUCCAACUUCAUUAAAUAAUAAUGGAGGAUUAGGAGGUAAAGGUGUUCCAAUGGAUUUGAUUUGGAGAUCUAAAGUUUCGAAUCCGGUGAAUAAAUGGUAUUGGGAAAGAAGUAAUGGACAUUAUAAAUUAAAAGAUCGAAGGAUUAUUGGAAGUGAUCAUCAGUUUAGUUUGUUUUGGUGUUUGGCUAAUAACAAUCAUGAAGGUGGAUCUUUAAGACAUCAAAACAGAUUAGAAAGUCCUGGAAAUGAAAAACAUGGUGUAGAUCAAUUUAAGUUUUUACCUAGAUUGAAAGAUUGGUCAAAGGUUGUAAGUCGGAUACCUAGUUGUUGGUUAUAA